UGCUGAAGAACAAACGAGGAGUAUGUGGGUUGAGAGAAUUGAGGCUCAUAAACCUUUUAAUCUGGAUCUUUGAAAUUACUAGCUGAUUCUUGCUGCUAAGUGUAAACAGUUUGUGUCCCUACCUAGUUCCAAUUCUGGUGUCACAGAAAAGAAAAAGGACCUUUGUGUUAUUGACAGGCUAGUAAUUUAAAAAGUGAUUUUAUUAAAAAAACAGCUGUGAAAUCAGGAUACCUGUUCUAGGUAAAGUACUUUCAUUAUCAGCUAGAUAGAAAGCUGUGGAAAUGUGAAGACACGUGUAUUGUGAGUGCAUAUCUUGUCUCUUCUGAAAGAAUGGGGAGAUGCAAGUAUUUUUUUAUUAAUAGAUUCAUGUCCAUUCCAAAAGCCAAAUAGCAAGAUGGACUUUUGUAACUUGCUGUUAAAUUGUGCAUUGUGUUUAGGUUAUUUGUGAGUAAUUAUGAUGACAUUAACGUACUUCAUUGUAAGAACUAGUGAUCUGCUCUAUAGCUCUGUCUAUGGCAGUAUUUUUUAAUUUUUUUUUUUAAAUCAGUAAAGUCAGUGAUGGUCUGAACACCACACCAUGAUUUGUCUUACAGCAAUGUCUUGGUGUGCAUUGCUCUUCCUGUACUCAGUCAGCUCUCUAAAGUUAUCUUAGUCUUCUAAUUACUUCAUGGUGUAGUUUCUUUCCUUGGGCACUGAGAGUAACCAGUUAUUCCUAGUCUUUUGCAAGUAGUUCACCUUGCAGCUCUCCAGUUUCUCCUGGCUGUCCUGCAGUUCUCAUGCUAACCUUGUCUGCACUCCUCUGAGCUCACCUACCACCUUCUGAUCUUACAUCUGUGCAUAUUUGCCCUCAUGCAGCGUGGGUUUUGGGGUUUUUUUGUGUUUUUUUGUUUGUUUGUUUGUUUGUUUGUUUUCCCUGGGCUGCUAGAGAUUAUACACUUGCAUAUGAAAUAUUGAUUGCUUGCAUUAAUUUAAUAUGGCUGGCCAGGACAGGUGGUAGCUAAUUUGUGAUAGCAUUUGUUUCUUUUUCCUUUGCAUUUUCAAAACCAUGAUGACUUCUGAAAUGAUGCCACAAUUUGCAAGUUUGUCUGGUAUAUUUUCAUGGUUUUUGCAUGUACCACUUCUGAUAAUGUUCAUUAACUUGGAUAUUUGGUUGAGUCAGUUCUCCAUAUAAUUGCUUACUUUCACUCAUCUUUUUUCACCUUAUACAUUCAUCUUGCUUCAGUAUCUUUAUUUUUGGAGUGGUUCUGUCUUCCGUUCAGUCAUAAAUACAAGUUCCUCUGUAAAAGUUAUCCUUUUUUCUUUUCCUAAUUAACAAGAGUCUUUAAAAACAGUUGUUCUUACAGUUGUCUUUGAAUGUUUUUACAUAUAUUGAAGAUUGAUUUCUUUCAUUGGCCUUGCCAGGAUUAAGCACACUGCCUGUAUUUUACACUGUUCAGGUCUUCAUUUUCAGGACUGCUACAAUUAUGAUGGCGUUAAAUGAGCCUUCUUACAGAGCAUCCUCUAAGGUGCUCUGGGUGGGGAAACCCUUUUGUUUGUCUCUCGGCCCCCCCCGCCAAAAGGCGCCGCCCGGGCUGAGGGACCCGCCGCUGCCGCCAUUAGCGGCGCCGCGUCGGCGUGGGGAACUACAACUCCCGGCGGCCCCUGCGCCCCGCGGCUUUCCGCCGAGCUAAGAUGGCGGCCGCCGAGGAGCGUGUGGCGGGAGCGGCGCCGCCGGGCUACACGGCUCUGGCGGUGAAGUUCGGGGCGCGGCAGCGCUCGCCCCACUACUUGUUGGUGAAGGAGCACCAGGUGCGGGAAGGGGCCGGCACCGCGCACCCGCCUCGCCGCACCCUCUUCGUCCUCAACGUUCCCCCGUACUGCAGCCCGGGUGCUCUGUCUAGGUUGUUCACCCGCUGCGGGCGCGUCCAGUUUGUGGACAUCUGUGACAAGCCAGGGCCGGCUGAGAAAAAAGAAAAACUGACGUCCAAGUUCUUCAACUGCAAACCUGUAACGGGAUUUCAUGUAGCAUAUGUGGUGUUCAGGAAACCAGCUGGUGUCCAGGCAGCCAAGGCCCUGUCACAGGAAGGUCCCUUGCUGGUAUCAACAGAGAGUCACCCUGUGAAAACUGGCAUUAGCAAGUGGAUCGCCAACUAUGCUGCCUCAGUCGUGGAUCAGGAGGAGCUGAAGGCUGAGGUGGAUGCCUACAUGCAAGACUAUGACAAAAAGAUAGCAGAGGAAGAAGCCAAAGCGGCCCAGGAGGAGGGUGUUCCAGAUGAGGAGGGCUGGGUGAAGGUAACACGAAAGGGCCGGAAGCCCGGCCUGCCCCGGACUGAGGCUGCCAACCUGCGGGUGCUAGAGAAGGAGAAACAGAAAAGGGCCCGCAAAGAGCUGCUCAACUUCUAUGCCUGGCAGCAUCGCGAGACCAAGAGAGAGCACAUCGCCCAGUUGAGGAGGAAAUUUGAGGAGGACAAGCAGAGAAUCGCGCUGAUGCGAGCCCAGCGCAAGUUUCGGCCGUACUAAGCUGCGCUGAGCUAUUCCUUGGAUGCCUGUGCUGAAGAGGGCAGGAGAGAUGCCUAUGGACUCCACCUGCCAAAGGAUUUAAAGGAAUUGAGGCAGCUUCAGGUUUUCCCUGCCCUUGGAUCUGAAACGGAAGAUCCCAGCAACUGCCACUGGAAGGGGAGUUUCCUUCAUUUGCACCAGUGUCCUCCUGCUCUCCUGGCCACCGUUGGGCCCCAUGGCACCACUUCCCAGGGUGCUCAGGUCAAGGGGCUGAGGCGUUUCCUGUGACAACCUGCAUCUCCCUGCCACCCAAAGUUGUUCUAAAGCUGGGAUUGACCUACCACAGCCUCUGCAGGUGCAGGGAAUGGCUGAAGAACUGUAAACAAACUGCUGUGUUCUCAAACCAUGAGAAUACCUCUCUCUUCCCCUGGGUCUGCUGUGAGGGACAGCUUCUGCUGUGCUGGGGUGGCAAUAAAAGGCACGGUUUGUA